AUGCAACGUCUUCCUACUUCACCGCGCCCUCAGGAGGGGGGCAACCUGGGAUCGACGCCAGGCGUCUUCUCCAUGGCAGACAUGCGUCUAUUCCACCAUUUUCUCAUCACAGCCUACCCGCAUCUUCCGGUCGGAGCCGACAAGAUUUGGAUCACGGCAAUUCCCGGCUUCGCACACAAUUACGAGUACCUUAUGCAUUCCAUCUUAGCGCUGGCUGCGUCACAUCUGGAUGCUGUAACGCAGUCGGGUGUUGCAGAACAAGCCAUACAGCACCGAAUCCUCGCGGUGAAAUCGCUCAAUGAAGCGCUCUCAGUACCCCCAACAACCGCCUGCGAGCGCGACGCAAGAAUGGCCGCGGCUCUAGUACUUGCUUUCCAAUCAAGUCACCUGCAAGACGGCAUGGCAGAGUUCAUGACAAUGGUCCGUGGGUGCAACCUGAUUGCCGGCAACAACAUGAUGUUCAUCGCCGACUCAGUCUUCAACGCAUUCUGCGCAGAUUCUCACCUUGAGAGAAUGCAGAAGCGGAUCGGAACAUCGAGGGUGAGCUGCUUCAACCGCAAAGAUCUCGACAUGGCAUCAUUAUCCCUCGACCUUGUUCAGAACUUGAACAUGUCCGACUGUGAGCGGUCAUACUGGGAGUUGCUCGUAUGCACCAUCACCCAUGCGUAUGACCGCCCACCAGAGACAUAUCAGACCUUUGUUAUGCUCUACAACACACCAUCCAAGUGGACGCAUGAUGAGUUCCAGGCCUUCAUCGAUCCCAACAACAGUGUUGCGCAGAUUCUACUGGCUCAUUUCAUCGCGGUUCAAGCUAUCCUUACACCCAUUCUCUAUCUCGAAAGAGUGGGCUUUGAGGGCGUACAUGCCCCUACUGCCGUGCUGAGCUGGAUCGAAGGGAUAUACUGGAGCAUACCGUGUCGCAUGAGGCAUCAUGUGGAGUGGCCCAGACAAGUGUCGCGGUAUCCUUAUACUCGGUUCAUGGGACAGAAGGAGGUGGAAUAUUGCGAAGUAGACCCCCUUCUGAUCUGA